AGUCCACAUCCACCCACGGAGACAUUGCAACACUUUACAGAGGUGUACCGAAAAGUGCUACAUCUGCAGCCACUACCGCUGUUCAGCAUGGACACCCUCCAGUCGGAUCUGGCUAAAGCGCCAAACUUUCUUCUUUGGAGUUUCUUAACGCUUAUAUUACUGUUUUCAGGUCAUGAAUUCUACCAUGACAGAGAGAUAGAAGCUCGGAAAUUCUAUUCUCAGUCCGCCGAACAGGCAGUUGUGAAAAUGGCCAUCGAGGGCAUACCACAAGUGGAAGUAUUGCAGUCGCUGUGCUUGCUAGCCCUACGGGACAUCAAAGAAGGCAAACAAGCCCAAGCCUGCAUGAGAAUCGGAAUGGCAUCCCGACUCCAAGCAUUCCGAACCCUACAACACAACAACACUAAUCAAUCAGAAACAAGAGACCUCACAAUAUCCCGUUGCCACUGGAGCAUACGCAUCCUAGAAAGCAUUUUCACACCGCAACUAUCCAUCCCAUCUCCACCACAAACCCAAAUAUCCCCCGAAUAUCCCUAUCCGCCCAGCGCACCCGUCCCACCCUCACUCCCCUCCGCAUCCCCUACCCAAGCCGACCUCUUCGACACCACCGACCCAACUAACGACCAUGGCAUCGUCGCCUACGGUAUCCAACUAAUAAUCAUCUGGGGCGAAACAGCCUCCUACCUCCACAGCAUCCGCACGAAUCCUAAUCUCAACGAAGAAACCCCCUGGUCCCUACGUUCCACCUACUCAAAGCUCAACCACAGACGCAACGAACACGAAACGCAACUCCCAGAAUCCCAUCUCCUCCGCAACGUAGCCUUCACUAAACGCACUCGCGCCGAGAUCUUUACCCACCAGGAAUACUGGACCUCCUGGAUCUCAAUGCAGGUCUUCUGCCACGCCCUCGUCGCAAUCCAGAACCACCCCUUCAUCCACCUCGUCAUAUUACGCGGGAACCGCGGCGUCUCCCAGUCCCGCCUCUUCCUCCAACAAACAGUCGACCACGCCUUAUUUCACUCCGAAUGGGUAUUUCGACUCGUUCAAGCAUGGGAGAACUUCGAACUACCGCUCCACGACCCAUUAAUAGCCCAUUUAGUAGCAGCUACUGCGUCCAUAUCAUGGAUCUUCCAAUUCGCCAGGGACAGAGGAAUCGGGGAAAAAGCACGAGGACAUCUCGUUGUCGCAGAGAGAUUAUUAACUCGAAUGUCAACGGUCUGGCCGCACAUCUCGCAUAGGCUUAAGACACUCCAUGCACUUCAGGCGUCGGCAUCUGUGGCGACUACGAACCCGUCUAUAUCUUCAGAGCAUCAAGGUGCAACGAUAACGAGAGGUACGACGAUCACUAUCCAGCCAUCGCUGUUCUGGGAUCUACUCGAUCCGAAAAUCUGUCCAACGGAAACGCUGGGAUCGUCCGGGCCGGCAGCUCCCGGUGCUAGGAUGCGCGUAACAACGCAGUUUAUGCAUCCGCUUAGUGAGGAUGAGCCGUCGGUAGGGCAGGAACAGAGGGGUGUGGGCGGGGUUGGUGGUGGCGGUGAGAGGUUCAUGCCGGAUGUUCAUGCGCAUGAGCUGGAGCAGUUAUCGUUGGAUGAGUUGUUUGGGCAGUUGGGAGAUGAUGAGUUUACUUGGGUGCUUUGAGUGCUUCAUUAUGUAUGUGUUAUGGAGGUCUUAUGGUAGUCUACGCCGGUUAUGCUAUGUACCAUGGAGCUUUGAAUGGAAAGUAGCAGAAAAAGGUUUUGAUACAUGUACAAAAUAUAUUAUCAAAGAGUUUGAUAAGCUAAGAA